AUGCUUUUGAAAGCCCAAUUAGUAUCUGUACUUUUAUAUGCACUGGUCCUCGCCGCUAAUGCUCACAUGGCAGCUUGGUCCAGAGGCAUGUACUGUAUGAAGGGACGUGGAGGUGAAAACAACAUGAAUAACAACUUACCUGUAAACCCUUUGGUUGAUCUGACUCAGAAGGACUGGUGGUUUCAACAUUAUCAAGGCUGUGACAAAGAACCGCCACCCGCCGGUGACUACCUUGAACUACCGGCAGGAGGCUCGUUCACUGUUGAGAUUGCAACUAAUCGUGCUUUCACAACUUUUGGUCACAACAGAAAUUUCAACGGAUAUUUUGGUGGUCCACAAGAACUCGAAUAUACUCCUUGGGGCUGUGUUUCCGAUCCUAAUUUGCACACACCAAAUCAAGAUUCAGCACCGGGAACAGUUUUUGCUAUCUCCUAUCAGAAUAGCAUCGAUAAAGUUACACCAGAAAAUUUGGUUGUCUUCACUGUAAGAUACAAAACUCCCUGGCAAAGAGUAACGUCAUACGAUGUGCCAAAAGAUUUACCUCCCUGUCCUCCAGGGGGUUGUACAUGUGCAUGGGGAUGGAUCCCUAUGGGCUGUGGACAACCGAACAUGUAUAUGCAAGGUCAUAAAUGUAUAGUCACUGGCUCAACUUCCACUAAAAAGCUUGCUGUAGCUAAACCUCCAGUUUAUUGUGAAAAUGACCGUUCGAAAUGUGUAAAAGGAGCAAAACAAAUGAUCUUCUAUUUCCAAAAAGAUGGCAAUAAUGUCUUUAAUGUUCCAAAAAUGCCAACAUACAACGAAGUUAUGGGCUUUUCAGAAGGUGCACAGAAUGAUAUUUUUGAAGACUCUAAUUUAGUGUCGACUGUGGGUUAAAUCUAUCGUUUUUCGUAUAUCAAUAAAAAAAAUGUCAGUAGCACAACAGACUGGCCAAAAGUAAAACAUGUAUGGAUGAUACGGCUAACAAAAAGUGAACCAAGAUAAGACCGAUGUUACUCAAAAAGUAAACUUUUGGUGUAAGUGUGGGAUGUGGACAAGGGAAACAAGCAGAUUUUAAGAUUUCAAAAGAUUCCAAAAGGUUUUAGAGAUAAUGGAUGGCAACGCCUGCAUUUUCUUCUUGAUCAAAAUCAACCAGUUUUCGCUUGUGCUCAUUAGAACUGUCUAUUCCAAGCUCGGAAGCUCUCAAAUGCGCACUCAGGAGUGUGAACUCCACAUUCCUAACAUCGACCAAUUACACUCAUAGUGCUUUUAACUGUAGCAAUAGUUUCUCGUUUUACUUUUAAUUUUUCUGCUCACACUCGUAUUUUCUUUUUUUUUUUAUGUAAUACCCACAGUUCUUGCAUCCAUUAAAAUAUAAGAGGCAUAAAAAUGUUUACUGAGAAAGUUAGGGUGUGGAAGUGGCUGUGGGGGUACGGGUAAAUGCGGGCAUGGGCAUAAUCGUACAUGACACGAAUUGUCACGCCCAUACCCUUCAAGGUUUUCUAAAUAAGGUGGCUUGGUGUGGGAUCCCAUGAGUCGAAAAUUUAAAGGUCUACCCAUUAAUAAAACCUU